AUGGCUAUGUUGUUUUUGAUGAACAAAAAGUUGAAUAAAAAUUAAGUAAGAUUAUUAUAAAUAAAGAAUCUGUAUCAUGAAUCAUUAAAAGCUUCUCUAUUUUCAGGAUUAUGUAUUUCUAAAAACCAUACUUAAAUGAAUACGGAUAGGCAGUACGGUCUAUUGUUAUGGCUAAUGAGAUUUAUAUUCUGUCUUUAAUAUCUCGUUAUGGCAAUAAAAGUUUAGUGGAAUUCAAACCUAAAAAGCAGACAAAAUGUUCAUUUAAUUUUUAGUUUACAUUUUAAAUAGUUUUAAAAUCUAAUUAUAAUUUUUUUUCCUCCAAAGAUCGAGUGA